AGAAUUUUAGGGAUUUGCUUUGACACAUUUGCCUCUAAGCUUUCGUUUAAGAGAAACCAAAUGUUGAUAUCCUCGAAGAAAGCUUAGUUAAUUGGACUAGGGUAUUCUGGGUAUUCUAGGUAUUCUAGGCUUCUUAUAAAGAAGAUGUCUUGAUUUAUCAUAGGUUUAAAUAAGUAAAGUAAGAUUUACCACUACAACUACAAGUAUGGUAAACUUCUUUGGAAGGAGACUAAAGAAGGACAAUGCCAAACUUAGAGAAGAGAAUCAAAAAUUAAAGAAUGAGCUUAAUGUAGCCAAAAAGAAACAAAAACAAAUGGAAAAUUUAAUUGCACAAGUCAGAGAAAAUGAUAUCAAACAGAAAAAAGCUACUGCUUCAAGGUUUCCCGGACGAAAAAUGCGGCCAUCACGUAGUUUUGACGAGAUCCGAGUUAUGCAACGGGCAGUCGUGUCCCAGAUUGAGGAGGUCGACGAACUGCUAUUUUGUAGUGAAGAUUCUCCAUCCCGAUUUCCACAGCAGCUGCCUAGACCACGAUUUUAUCGAGACCAAGAGAUGCGGGCAUUGGAUGGUUAUAACAACACAUGGUUACCAUAUACAGGCGAAAAUUUUGGUUCGGUUGAUGCCAAAAGCAUUGGUAUUGAGGUGCCACACUUAGGUAGCAGGAGUUGUGCCAUACCUGUGCCAAACUCAGAUCCUGUUCAUCGAAGAUUCCUACCGGAGCCCUCACUAACGCCAAGCCAGCAGAGUUACAUCAAUAUGAGAAAACCAAUAGCAGAUUCGUUCGAUGUCACUUAUCGUGGAAAUACCGAUUUGAUACAAAAAACAGUGAGGCAGUCAAGAGAGAAGCUCAAAGAAAGAGACAAACAUGAUCAAACACUCUUCCACUACACUGCAAGAAGAGAAAAAAAUGACCUACUUCGAUAUUUGUUGCUAUUGGACACAGACUUAACAGUGAACAAUGUGGACACUUGGGGCAAAACAGCUUUACACUGGGCUUCGGAAAUGGGGCAUACUGAAACAGUGCGAAUCUUGGUGAGUUUUGAUGCAGAUCAAACGAUUUCUGAUCACAAUGGAUGUUUACCAUGUGAUGUAAUCUGCAGAGUUAUGGGAAGCCAUGCGGAUAGAGAAGAAAUACAAAGAAUAUUACAGCCCCAAUACAGCACCUCCAUUAAUUCGUAAAAAGGCUAAAUAUACGUACAUGUAAAAUGUAAAAGUUGAUCCAUGCAUGCAGUAAACUCACAUGAUGGAAAGAGUGUCUGUACGAGAAGAAAAUGUUUGUGGUUUUCGGGUAAAUUCGUAAAAGUUUUGUUCCCGCAAAAAGUAUAGUCAAUUUCAAGUUGUUUCAUUUCCGCAAAAUUUUCAAAUUAGAAAUUGUCGCUGAGAAUUUCACUGGACAACACAAAAUUCAUAAAACUAAUCAGGAUUAGCUAACAGAAAUUCUGCAAGAUGCAACUGAUUUUCCCCGGAAAAAUUUUUUAAUUUUGCGAAACAGCGGCAGUAUUUUUCCCCAAAAAUGCAAAAAUCUACUAAAGUACUGAAAGAGCAGUAAAAACACCAGUUUAAUAAUUAACCUUUCACAUCAAUACCUAAAGGGAAGAAACUUUUACGGAAAUUUCUUGCGCAAAAUUUAUAUUUGUGAUGUUGGAAUCUAUUAGCAAAUAUAUGUUCUGUAUGAUUGCACUU